CUCAAUAACGUCUGCGAGCCACUUCUCUCUGAACCUGGUCCUGCCGGGUGUGUGCACCAGUCUGUUUGACUCCACUAUGAAGUGCACCUCAACGGGCAGAGUUUGUGGUUUGACUUUAGAUAUGUCCACGACGAAAUAGACGCUAGCUGUCCCCUGAAUCGGCUUCCGCGACAUCGGGGUACUGAAGCGGGCCUGGUAGUGAUAAAAGGAAACCUUAGAACAAGCAGCAAAAUUGCUAAUUUCCCUCUAAAAUGGAUUUUCUACCAAAACCUGCUAAUGGCAGGUAGUCUGCCAGAAUGCUGCAUCGUUUAACACAGACAUGAAGCAUCAUCCGAUUGCCUGAUUAACUCCAAGUUCUCCGCUGCUGUUCCGAGUGAGCCAGAAAACGCAUGUCGCGAAUCAGGACCACACUUGAUAGUGUCACCAAGGCAGUAGGCAGCACAGACCUCAUCUCCAAGUUCUCCCGCUUCAAGCCUGGCAAUGCCACAGUCGACAGCACCCAUGCAGAAAAGGCUCUGGUCACAGCCGAGACCUUAACCUCUAACAACACAGCUACAGCCUCACCACCUAAAGCCACCAUGAAAGAAGAAGAAGAAGCAGAAGAAGAAGGCGAUAGGAACACAGCCGGGGAAGAGUCCGACAUGCAACAGCAGCAGGUUAAAGAAAAUCCUUUUGUUGCCACAAAGAAAUCCACAUCAAGUUUAGCUUCAGCAGCGAAUGUAUCUGCAUCUAGCUCUCCUUCGACUUUGGCAAAACAAACUAUGCAGCUGUUUCACCCUGCAUCUCUGUCCACCAACAUGGAUGAGACCUACACAACUCUGGCUCAGCACAUCAAUUGUUACUUUGGCGCCAGCACACAAGAAGAAGAAGGAGACAACAGGCCACAGCAGCAGCAGCAGCACAGAGAAGCGGAUGAUCCUGUUUCUCAGCCCACUCUCAGCACCGUUGCUCGCACAACUAGGGACCACAUUCCUAUGUUGUCCUCAGUGGCAGAAGCUAAAAGUAUUGAAGCACCCGCUACCUCUCCUCCCCCUCCCUCUCCAUUAGAUAAGCUCAGUCCUCCAGCAGCGUCGCCCUCCUCUGACAUCCCUCAGUCCAUCCCUGUGCCUGCUACCUCCCCUAAGAAAGGCUUCACCCACUAUCUUUCUUACCCUCGUCCCAGCGUUCAGGCGUUUGUCGGCAGCUACAUUGCACCCCUGGUCCCCAAAUUCAGAGGUGAUUCCAAAAGCAUUGCACCUGAAAAAAGCAAGUCUUCAGCAGCAGCUGUGGAAGAGCCCACUGUGGACAAGGCAGGAAAGAAGACAGACAGUGAAGAGGAGAAAAAGGUUGAAGUGAACCAACAGCUGUUGACUCAAAGAGAGAAGAUAAUAGCCAGGGUGAGUUUAGACAACAGGACCAGAGCCCUGGUGAAAGGCCUGCAGAGGGUCACUGAUGUCAAGCUCCUCACCAGUCGAGUGGAGGAGCUCAUCCAUCACCUUCUGGAGUUCCCCGAGACGCGAGGUGUGGCUGUCAAGGAGAGUGUGCUGCCCUGUCUGCUGCGAUUGCGCCAGGCCAGAGACCUGCCUCUUCAGGGUGCUGUGAGAGAAGCUCUGGCCCUGAUUGGCUACACUGAACCAGUCAAGGGCAGAGGUAUUCGGGUCCUGGCCAUAGACGGAGGCGGAACAAGGGGACUGCUGGCCCUGCAGACUCUCCAUAAACUGCAGAACCUGACUGGUAAACGAGUCCAUCAGCUGUUUGACUACAUCUGUGGAGUCAGUACAGGUGCUAUUUUGGCCUUCAUGUUGGGAAUUUUUCAGAUCCCCUUAGAUGAGUGCGAGGAGAUGUACAGGAAGCUGGGUUCGGAUGUCUUCAAUCAGAAUGUCAUCGUUGGAACCGUAAAGAUGGGCUGGAGCCAUGCUUUCUAUGAUAGUGAAAUAUGGGAAAACAUACUAAAGGAACGUAUGGGUGAGGGGCGUAUGAUUGAGAGUGCUAGGGACCCACACUGCCCCAAAGUGUCAGCAGUGAGCACCAUUGUGAACAGGGGAUUACCUCUGAAGGCCUAUGCGUUUAGGAACUACAGACUCAUGCCAGGAGUGAGAUCCCACUACCUUGGAGACUGCAACCACAAAAUGUGGCAGGCUAUCAGGGCCUCGUCCGCCGCCCCAGGCUACUUCCAGGAAUUUGUCCUGGGAAAAGACCUCCAUCAGGAUGGGGGACUCCUGAUCAACAACCCCACAGCGUUGGCCAUCCAUGAGUGUAAGUGCCUGUGGCCUAACACACCACUGCAGUGUGUGUUGUCUCUGGGCACCGGGCGGUACGAGGCGAUGGGCAAGAACAGCACGACCUACACGAGCCUCAAGACCAAGCUCACCCACGUCAUCAGCAGUGCCACAGAUACCGAGGAGGUGCACACCAUGCUGGACGCACUCCUUCCCCCUGACACGUACUUCCGAUUCAACCCCUACAUGAGCGAGGACAUCCCGUUGAACGAGAGCCGCGCCGAGAAGCUGAACUUCCUCAAGGGCGAGGGGGAGCGCUACCUGGAGCGCAACGAGGCCAAGCUGAGGAAGGUGGCGAGCGUGCUCAGCCAGGAGAAGAGCGCCAUCCAGAGACUGGCAGAGUGGGCCAAGCUCAAGGCCGAAAUGUACGAGGGUCUCCCCUUCGUCUCCAAGCUGUAGUUAUUGGUUUGGCAACAGUGUGACCACAAGGGAGUUUUGAAGGUAAGAAGACCCAAUAGAUUAGGGGGCAAUCUGGACACAUUUGUUAAGCAUUUUGGUAGGCAAUUUGGAAUCAAAUACCAAAUGAUUUUUUUCACGUUUUGGUCACCAUUUACCACAACACUAGACAAUUACAACUAUGAUUAUGCAUUUUAAAAAAAAAAAGACAAUACAGUAAAUAAUAGUGUGAAAAUUUCAAAUGUGAUGUAAUUUGUUCUUUGUGGGACAGAAUGUGUCUACGAUGAAGCCAGAAUAAUAUAUGAAUAUGAUUGAUGAAAUAAAUCACUUGAAUGAUCAGGGAAAGGCUGGCUACAAGUGUUAGUUGACAGAACACACAAAGAUGGUAAUGGGGCACUGACACAUGACCAUAAUAUAAAGAAUUAAUGGUAAUAUGAUAACUGUAGUUAUUUUGUAAAAAAAAAAAAAAAGACAAUGAUAUUUAUUUGCAUUUU